AAAGUAGCACUCCUAAAUCCUCAUAAAGCAGAUCCACUACCUCGCAUUAUUAUACCUUUCCUCCCUAGCUAUCCCAAUCUCUUCUUUCUCACCAAGUUUAGCAUCAUCUCCUUCUCCUUACAGGCCAAGCAACUCUCGCUACUUAUUAAGAAACUGUCACAUGGCGACAUCAUUCCAUCAUCGUCCACACGCUUCGACACCGCACACCACGAGUUCACAAUGUUUGAGACAGAAAUGGGAGCCGACUGGGGGCCGGUAAUUGUGGCGGUGGCCCUUUUCAUCCUCCUAUCUCCGGGGCUGCUCUUUCAGAUACCGUCGAGGUAUAGGGUAGUGGAGUUCGGGAACAUGAACACCAGCGGGAUUGCUAUUCUGGUUCAUGCCGUCAUAUUCUUCUGUAUUCUCACCAUCCUGGUUAUUGCCGUUGGCAUUCACCUACACUUCACUUGAUCCCAUUUUGCUUCCAAGCUGUGCCACUUCUGCUCAUUUGUUCAGUACGAGUUUUGUGUUAUUAUUGCUGACAGUAAUCUUAGUCCUCUUUUCAGCAACGUCAGUUCUGUAAAUUUCAGUCCCCCCAUCAACUAGGAAUGUGUAAUAUUUAGCGCGCUAUUCCUACAAGUAGAAGUAAGCAAAACUUUGCAAUGGCAGGUGUUCAUGUUUUCAAUUUUUUUUUCCCCUUUUCUUUGAUUUCUGUAUAAUUUGAACUGGGGAUGAAGGGAUAGUAGCGUCCAGAGCGAGACAAUACCCCUCCUCAGAGUAGACAACAAGGAAGGAUGAAAUGCUUGUGAGUUGUGAAUAUGUAGGUUUAAGUUUAUAAAGAGACUAACUGAGUCAGUGAUCAUCUAGGUUCGGUUUGAUCUUCUUAAUUACAAUUAUAAAUAACAAUAUAGCAAUAUGCCAAUAUUUUAUCUUCUGAA